AUGGAUUUUGAUGAUAUAGAAUCAACAAGUUCAGAUGACGAUGAUAUUUUUGGAUUCAAUAAACCCAGAACAAAAGUAUAUGAAAGAGACAAAUCAUCAAGUAGUCAAUCAAAAUUAAGUACUACAGGUAUAAAAUCAUUAAAAUUUUCAGAUCUACUAGUUAAAAAAAGUAGAAGUCCAAGUCCAAUAAAGAAUGAAUCAAGUGCACCGAAAAACGAAUACAGUUCCUCAAGAAAGCCAAAUCUUACCAAGAAAUAUGUCGAUUUGCCUACUAAGGGAAACACUAAAGUGAAUCAUGAAGAUUUCUUUAAUAUUGAUGUACCCACAAUUUUCAAGAUAGAUGGAUCAAAACUAAAUAGAGUUAAUAAAGAACAUAAAGAGAUAAAGAAAAUUUUUGAAAAUCAGACUAAAGCUGAACAAAAUAUAAAACUAAAACAUGAGUGGCUAAAAGUUCAAUUAUUACGUGAAUUAAAUGAAGACGAAACAAUUAAAGAAUACUUGGAAAUGAAUAAUGGUUCAGCAAUUAAAAAGUUUGAUAUAAUACGAGAUAACUCAUAUUUGGAAAAACUUAUUGAAAAAGAUAAAUUGAAUAUUGAUGGAUAUGGAAUAAAUCGACAUUUUUAUUGUUUAAAGAAUGUUGAAGUUAAUGAAACUACUCAACUGGAAUUUAAUUCAGCUCUACCAAAUAUAAAUAGAUCAUUAAAAUAUCUAAUUUCAAAUAACCCAGAUUUAGCUACUAAUUACUUAACAAAUUCAAAUAAUUUGAAAUCAUUCAUAUUCAAAAGUUUGUUUCUGACAAAUAUCAAUUAUCUAGAGUCGAUACUAGACUUAAUCAAGGGAAGAAACAAAUUCACAAUUAGUAAUGAUGAAUUUGAUCAAUUAAUUGAAAUAUUUGGAUUUGACUUUAACCUUCUAUUGUAUAGUGCAUCAAAAAACUCAAAAUGUAAUAAUCUACCUAUAAAAAUAGAUCAAAUAAAUCAGAAUUUGAAACUACAACUACUAAGAAUUACAAUACUAUUUCAACUAAUCAUGAAUAAUGAGAAGGAUAAUAUAAACUUUUUCAAAUUAUUCAAAAUUUCAAUCUACUUAUUGAUUGAUUACAAUUUGAAUAAAUAUGAGCUAAUUGAAUUAAGUAAAUUUGUCGUGAAUGUUUUUUCUCAAUUGAUUGAAGGCUUGGAAGAGAAUAAGAUCAUUAAGCUGUUAUAUGAUAUAAUAACAAAUUUAAGAACUCAAUUUCCACCAAAGACUAAUACUGAAAGGGUCAAAAAAGUAGAUUAUGAAUUACAAUAUAAUGUGAUUAAGCUAUUGAAUAUCACCUUUUUGAUGAACAAUACACAAAAGUUGCAAGAUAUAUCAGCAAAAAUCCAUGGAAUCAUAAUUGAACUCAAUUUAAAAUUUUUAAUAGGUAAUAAUUAUAACCCAAACUUAACAUCAAAACAUUCUAGAGAAAAUAUAUUGUAUCAAAUAUCAAAUAAUUUAAUAAUUACAGAAAAUAUUACAAUAUCAUUACAACAAAAUGAUUUAGAAGUUGCAGAUAAGAUCUAUUGGUUUUACUAUAAAUGCAAAAUCCUACUCUUUUUACUUAUAAAUAUGUUCAAUUUAAUGUUAACAAAGAAAGAGAAUAUAAAACUACUAAAAUCCAUUAAGGUAUCAAUUGAAAAAAUUCAACAAAAUUGUUAUGAACUUAUAAGAAAAUUGGGUGGGAUUAAUAUUGAUUUGGUCAUUGAAAAUAUGAAUAAACAUAAUGAAGAGUUUGAAAAUUUUAAAGAUGAUGAUUCCAUAAAUGGCAAUUCCUUAAAAUAUCAAUAUAGUUUUAAUAGAGAAGAAAUGGUUAAUUUUUUAACUGAUAUUCAUCAAGAUUUAAGUUUGGCAAUUGAUAAAUUGGAUUAUGAUUUGAAAUUAAUCAAUAAUGAUUUAUUUUAUGGUUCAUGA